AACAAUUUCUUAAUUCUUGGCGGCUGUUCUGUUUUUGUUUGCUGCCCCUCCCUUUUAAACGAGAAAUAAUGGCAGAAGUAAUUGAAAAAUAAUUUCAGGAUAUUGGGUGGAAAUCUGACCUCCAAAUUCCGAAAUUAACAGCUUUGACAUUAUUGUUCAUGCCACGACUCUAAUUCCCAAAGUGGGGUCUCCCCAAUUUGAUUGAUUUUCUAGAAAAUUUGUUGAGAUUUAUAGAAUUUCAGAUUCUUCAUCGUAGCAGUAGGAUGGAAAGAGACGAAAACGGGUUGAUUGCAGAUAAUUCUUGCCCAAAUCCACCAUUCACUGAUGGCGAUCCGGGCUCUGUUUCCAGCUCUAAUUUUUUCUUGGAUCAUGUUGGGGAGGUUGUUCUUACUCACAAUUCAGAUGGGUUAUCUUGGAAAUUGGUUGAUUCUUUGCAUACUGAAGAGGAUAAAUUUUCUUGUUUGCGAUUUAAAUUUGUCUCUCAGAGUGAAUCGGAGGUUAAGUUUGCUGAUGUUUAUGCUGUUAACUUCAUUGGUUGGGGUUUGGUACAUGAGUCUUCACUUGGCAGUGCUGAACGAUCUGUUUCGGUUCAUUCUUUAGAGAUGUACCGGUUCACAGUGCAUGUUGUUCACAAUUCAAAGACCCAAACGUCUCUCUGGAUCCCAUCAGUUUACACUUUCGGUCAUAAAAAUUUGGAGAUAUGUAAGACUUGGGUUAAUCAGAUUAAUGCUUCUCUGCUCAUGGAAGCUAAGCGACCUAAGAAUCUUCUGGUUUUUGUUCACCCAAAGAGUGGGAAAGGACAUGGAUGUAGAAUAUGGGAGGCAGUAGCUCCAUUAUUUUCCCAGGCCAAAGUGAAAACAAAGGUAAUAGUGACAGAGAGGGCUGGACAUGCACGUGACAUUUUGGUCUCAAUUACAAAUAAGGAUCUGAAUUUAUAUGAUGGUGUUGUAGCUGUUGGUGGUGAUGGAUUUUUCAAUGAAAUUCUUAAUUCUCUUCUCUUGUUGAGGCAUAAGGCUCCAUAUCCGCCGGCUCCUGGGAAUUUCAUGCACCCAGUUGAGAGUGAGUGGAAUAUCUCAGUUCAAAAUGUUGAGAGAACUGUUUUCGAGCCCUGUAAGCAUAAUGAAGACGAGUCUCCACUUCUCACAGGCUCUGAAGAUGUUGGACCUCAAUCACAGAUUUGUGAACAAGACCCUGAGUUUCUUUUCCCAAAUGAAAAAUUUAGAUUCGGGAUUAUCCCAGCUGGAUCAACUGAUGCCAUCGUUAUUUGUACGACGGGGGCCCGGGACCCUGUAACAUCAGCAUUGCAUAUUAUCCUUGGAAAACGGGUGCACCUUGAUAUAGCUCAAGUUGUAAGAUGGAAAGAAACACAUGCAUCAAAUGAAGAACCCUGUGUACGCUAUGCAGCUUCUUUUGCUGGGUAUGGCUUCUAUGGAGAUGUCAUUACGGAGAGUGAAAAGUAUCGGUGGAUGGGACCUAAGCGAUAUGAUUAUGCUGGCACAAAGGUUUUCCUUCAGCAUAGGUCAUAUGAGGCUGAAGUGAAUUAUCUUGAAAUUGAACCUGAAAACAGUACCUCGGGCUCUGAAACAGAUCCUCGAGUUAGUGAUAGCAUACUUUGGUGUCUUCCUAGAAAGCCUGGCAGGGCGAGUUGUCGCGCUAACUGCGCUGUAUGUAAUAUGAAAUCCAACGAAGCAAUGGUCGGAUCCCCCAGCCUGGCUCGGGACUUACAAGGACUGAGAUGGUCGAAGUCCAAAGGACGUUUUCUUAGUGUUGGUGCUGCUAUAAUAUCUUGCCGGAAUGAAAAGGCCCCUGAUGGCCUUGUAGCUGAUGCUCAUCUUUCUGACGGGUACCUGCAUUUGAUACUAAUAAAAGAGUGCCCUCACCCUUGUUAUCUAUGGCACCUUAUUCACCUUGCAAGGAAAGGUUGGGACCCCCUGGAUUUCAACUUUGUUGAACACCAUAAAACUCCCGCUUUCACAUUCACAUCUUUUGGCAAGGAGGGUGUAUGGAACGUGGACGGCGAGCUUUUUCGAGCACAUCAGCUAUCUGCUCAAGUAUUUCGUGGUCUCGUUAGCUUGUUUGCAACAGGUCCUGAAGCAUAGGGUAGCUGAUGAGAAACAUGCAUAUCUGUACUACAGCCAUGUAAGAUACUUUCUAACCUCACAGAUCUAGUGUCAAACAGUCACAAUAUCAUCAUCCUGAAUAGUUCAGAUGGAUAAAUCCAACAACAAAGAUUUGGAAGGACUAUACGAGGAGUCGUUACCGUGCACCUAUCAGAAGGCUGACCCUUAGUCUGCAGCUGAAUUUUAUGAAUGCUGCGGGAGUGCAUGGUGACAAUAUUGUUCAUUCAAGACGAAAUAAAGUUUUAUGGGCUGGAAUUUAUCAUUGAACUCGUGGCAAUUAGAGACUGUUGUCCUCAGGAAGCACAUAUCAGCACAACCACUCUCCCAAGAGACUGCAACGAGACAUUUGGCGAGGUUCAUUUCAAAAUUUCAGAGGCUCUAGAUACCAUAUAUUGUGCUAUUGGACAACAAACUUCUACCAAGAAUAGUUUAAUGAAAAUUUUCAUUUUUGCUGUAAUAAAUGGCAAAGUUUCGUAGAUUGAGCUGGGAAUUGGCUAAGUUCUUGCAUU